CUAUGACUAGGCCACAGAGAGACGAGGAGAAGGAGAGAGGAACAGCAUCAGCAGCGCACAUCCCGAGAGAGCAUCGAUUUGGAAAUGGACUAAAAUACUUCUGGAUUUUUUUUAGACUCAUCUGUUCAAGUCCAAGUGUAGUUAUGCAGGAGAACCCAGGCUCUAUAGGUGUGGAUGGAGCAUAUGCUAGCAAUGUACCUGCUUUCCUCACUAAACUCUGGACUCUUGUGGAGGACCCAGAGACCAAUCAUCUGAUUUGCUGGAGUACUACGGGCACCAGCUUCCAUGUUUUUGACCAGGGCAGAUUUGCUAAGGAGGUCCUGCCCAAAUACUUCAAGCACAAUAACAUGGCAAGCUUUGUGCGCCAGCUCAACAUGUACGGCUUCAGGAAGGUGGUGAACAUAGAGCAGAGCGGGCUGGUAAAGCCGGAGCGGGAUGACACCGAGUUCCAGCACCUCUAUUUCCUCCAGGGCCAUGAGCAUCUGCUGGAGCACAUUAAACGCAAGGUGUCAAUAGUGAAAAGCGAGGAGACCAAAGUGCGGCAGGAGGACUUGAGUAAGCUGUUGUAUGAGGUGCAGGUGUUACGCAGCCAACAAGAGAACAUGGAGAUGCAGAUGCAGGAUAUGAAACAGCAGAAUGAUGUUCUGUGGAGGGAGGUGGUGUCACUGAGGCAGAAUCACACACAGCAGCAGAAAGUCAUGAACAAGCUGAUUCAGUUUCUGUUCAGCCAGAUGCAGUCCAACACUCCCAGCACUGUGGGAAUGAAGAGAAAGCUUCCUCUCAUGCUGGAUGAUGGCUGCUCCACCCCUCCUGCCUCCAAAUUCAGCCAUAGCCACUCCAUGGAGUCCUUGCAAGAAUCUUUCUAUAUCCAGUCGCCAUCCACAGAAAGUGCAUCCUGCUCCACUAGCAGUGUGAUGACCGGAGGGCCAAUCAUUUCUGAUGUCACUGAAAUUUCACAGUCCACCACCAUGGCUUUACAAAUGCAGGCAGAGGAAUCAAGGGAAAAAUGUCUGAUGCUGAUCAAGGAAGAGCCGGCGAGUCCGGGGGUGCAGGGACGAGGAGAGGGUGUACCACUCAGCUCCUGUGAGGUGUGCCCUGAACCCCCCGUCCUCCCUGUUGCCAUGGUGCAGUCCGUCCUAGAGGGCCGAGGAUCUAAUUUGGGAGAGAGAAGGGCCAAAAGACCCAUGCUGGAGAGACCAGAAAUUCCUGAUGCCGUGGAGAACGUUGACAUGAGCCUGGAGGAUUUACAGCUGCUUCUGAGGAGUCACCAGCAGAGCAUGGAAAGCAGUGCUGCGGCAAUGGAUCCUUUCACAUUUAGUCUCCCUUUGAAUGAGUGGAAUUUCACAGAAAUGGACCCAAACCUGAAAUCAGAGCUGGCUAAUGCCCUAAUCCCUGCUGCUGUGACCCAGUACAUGUUUCAGGGUCAGGGGGGAGAGACGUACCCCACCGCUGGCUAUGAGGAGCAGUGAAGACCUGAUAUGACAGCCAGCACAGAUCCCUCCUGAGAGAUGAACAGAGGGAUCCAUUUGAAAGCAUGACACUUGGAUUGCAUAUUAUUCCAACAUCAGAAGAGAAGGCUCAAAUGUAUCUGACUAAUAGAUGUGGCGGUGAUAUAGCAAGUAAACUUGCACUGAAUGAAGAUUCACUCAGUAGGCCAUUGAUAGAAGAUGGAUAUGUAUCAAUCUUUUGGAGCAACUCUUUGGAAUAUUUACAGUAAACCUUUCUCAAAGCCUAUAAGGAGUUCAGGCUACAUCAAGAUCCUUUUGAAGAUGCCAAAGAAAGGCUAUAUUAAGCAUUUCCUUCCCCAACGACUACAACACAUGUGGACUGUAUGCUAUGCAAUAUAUCAUAAAUGAUUGUGACCCGGGUUUGAAUGCACUUUAGUCUGUGUGUUGGAGUUUCUGCUUUGUGGAGCUGUGAUUUUAAUUUUCCCUAAAACUUAACUGUAAAAAAUAAUGACAUAAAAAACAUAUUUUGUUAAAAUGUACCUUAUAAUAAUGAAGCACAUAGUUUUAUUUCAAUAUAUAUGCAACGCACUUGUAUUUCAAUAUAUUUAAAGGCAUAUAAAAGUACUGGUUUAAUCAUAUUAUGUAUGUAUUCAUGUGAGAGGUCUAGGGGUUAAAAAUCAGACGUCACAGAAAGAAAAGUGCACUGCUUUUUGCACAAUAUAGUGUAUUUUUCUCAGUUAUAUUCUGCAACAUAUUCAUAAGACAUCAAGUAUUUUUGUUUCAAUUUAUCUUUGCCUUGCAGGAUUAAUAGUUGUCUUUGAUAGGCUUAUGAUUUAUUGUGUGACAUUUGCCCUCAUUUGAUACAAAUGUAUUGACCACAUUGGUUGAAUUCUUAAUUAAGUUGCUAAAGAUGACUAAAACAGCAAUUGUUAAUGCCUUUGAGAUGAGCACUAUACUUAUGUAAUAUAAAUAUAUAUUUUUUAAUUAUUAUUA